AUGGCCAGCCAAGAAGGGCAGAUGCUGAUUGACUUGAACACGAACUAUCCCAAUGUGGCAGUAGAUAUUGGGAAAAUAUGCUUUGGAAAAAGUUACAGAAAGAAGAAGGGUUCUAGCAAUCAGAAAAUGGAAGGAAGUGUUCUUUCCAUAGCAGUGUAUGUGUUGCUGAAUUCAGGAGGAGGAAUAGUGGGGGUGGAGAGUGAGGGCAGGAAUUACUGCUUCCAGGAGCAUGGCAUUGGUGAGGCCACAGAGAGGAGCCUCAGAGAAUGCAUCAACAGCAACCAGGCCUCUGAAUACUAAAAGUGGAUGUUUUUUGUUAAAACAUGGAACUGUGGAGGCCCAGAGUGGGGAAGUGCUGCCACAAAGACACCUCUCUGCAGCUUGAGCACUGCUUUGUUUUAUAGGUCCGACACUUCUGUUUACCCUGUGACUUCCAGAGAAGCUCCUGAAUUCCUGAGGAAGAGAAGCUAUCUAUCAGAUCUGGCUGACAAUUUUAGGACUCAGCUCAGCUUGGCAAAUGGCCCUCCUCUAGUCAAGCCAGUUUAUUCCAAAGCUGAUCUCCAGUGUGUGGCUAAACUCCAAGAAUGUCUCCACCCAGAAACCAUCUGCACCAAUCUGUUCUCAGAGUAUCCCGGCUUAAAGGAUUUCUUGAGAAAACAACCCCAUGGUCUUACCAGGGGGCUACUGAUACUUUCCAGGAAUUGGGUGGUUGACAUUGGAUUGCAGAAAAAACAGGAUGUUGUGUGUGAUGCUCUCUUAGUAGCUGACAGCGAGUGUCCAGUGUUGUUUACUGUACUUGUAUCCAAGAAUUGCAUCCUCACCUCCAGGGACAUCCCCACCCUCCUACAAGCACUUAUAAUUGUUUUGCUGUGAUUUAAGUCCUACCUGAGUGACAAUCUUAGCUGUGAGUUUUUCAGCCUUCUCACUCUCAAACCACACGAGCUAAAUGCCAACAACCUGCAUAAAGUCAGGAAGCAAUUUGUCCUUGGUCUUCCUGGAACUGGGAAAACAAUCGUGGCUUUCAAUAUUAUUGAGAUAAUAAAAACCACUUUUUGCUGUUCUGCAAAGGAAGAAAUACUUUCCAUUUGUGAAAAUCAGCCCUUGAGUGUUUUUGUGGUGUAA